AUGCCUGUCAAAUCGCGCUGGCAGAUUGAUAUCCCCGACACGCAUUUAGCAUCUCUCCUCCUGACUUCGCCCACAGCCCCCCUAUCCAAAACGCACCGAUGCUAUUCCGAGGCCGCCCGUCCAGACACGCACUACUUCACAACCCAUGGCUUCCGCCUCUGGAGCCAGCGCUUCGCAGCUGGGCUGCGCAAGUCGGGUCUCAAGACAGGUGAUAGGGUACUGCUCUUCUCGGGAAACGACAUUUUCUUCCCUGUAGUGUUUAUGGGAAUCAUUAUGGCCGGGGGCAUCUUUUCGGGCGCGAAUCCUACCUAUGUUGCUAGGGAGCUUGCGUACCAGCUGCAGGAUAGUGGGGCGAUAUACCUCCUGUGCGCUGAAGACAGUCUCGAUACGGGGAUUGAGGCUGCGGAGAUUGCGGGAUUGGGACGGGACAAAGUAUUCGUGUUCAAUAAUGCGAUCUUUGACGGGAAGGGGAAAGGGCUGAAAGGGUGUCCGUACUGGGGCGAGCUGGUUGGGUCUGUUGAAGAGGGGACGGGCUUUGCGUGGGAUGAGCUGAAUACACCGGAGAAGGCGGAUACCACGCUCGCGCUCAAUUAUAGCAGUGGGACGACCGGGAGGCCGAAAGGCGUUGAGAUCACGCAUAAAAAUUACGUGUCGAACAUGUUGCAGUACAAUUACCUGUUUUACCUGAACCCGAAAUGGCAGGAGAAGGCAAAAAGGGCGAGAUGGCUGUGCUUCCUCCCGAUGUACCACGCCAUGGCGCAGAAUAUCUUCAUUGCGGCUGCACUCAACCGCGGGGUGCCUGUUUAUGUGAUGCCGAAGUUCGACUUCAUGAAGAUGCUCGAGUAUACUGAGAAAUUCCGCAUCACGGACUUUAUCUUGGUCCCACCGGUGGUGGUUGCACUGGCCAAGCACCCUGCUGUGAAGAGUGGGAAGUAUGAUUUGAGCAGUGUGGAAGAGGUCGGUAGCGGCGCCGCGCCGUUGGGACGAGAAGUUUGCGAAGAGGUUGAAGCUCUAUGGCCGCCUGGGAAGAUCAACAUCAAGCAGGGUUGGGGUAUGACAGAGGCAACUUGUUCCAUUCUUGGUUGGAGUCCCAUGGAGAAAUGCCUCACCGCAUCAGUAGGAGAGCUCAAUGCGAACUGUGAGGCAAAAAUCCUAGCAGAUGACGGCGUGACAGAGCUAGGAAAGAAUCAGCGCGGAGAGUUACUGGUCCGUGGCCCAAAUGUCAUGAAGGGAUACUGGCGGAACCCGCAAGCAACCAAGGAGACUUUGACGGAAGACAGAUGGCUGAAGACGGGAGACAUCGCUUUUAUCAGUGAUGAAGGAUGGUUUCAUGUCGUCGACCGAAAGAAAGAACUCAUCAAAGUGAAAGGCAAUCAGGUAGCACCUGCGGAGCUGGAAGCCAUUUUACUCGAACAUCCAGCGGUUGCCGAUGCGGCUGUUAUUGGUGUUCCAAGAAAUGAUGACGAGGCACCCCGAGCUUAUAUUGCCCUGAAACCGGGGAAGACUGCCACGGCGAAGGACAUCACGGCCUUUAUGGAGGGCAAGGUGUCGCGGAUCAAGAGGAUCACCGGCGGAGUGGUCUUUGUGGACUCGAUCCCAAAGAACCCGUCUGGGAAGAUCCUGCGAAAGGCCCUUCGAGACCGGGCCAAGGAGGAGAUGCAAGGAAUCACCGCAAAGCUAUAG